AUGUUUGUGGUAAUGAUGAUGGUAUUUAUAGACGAGUGUUUUGGUGAGAAGAGUGGAUGUAAUGUGGAUGAAGAGUGUUUUGGUGAAAAGCGCGGAUGGAAUGGACAGGUUUGUAUUAAUGAUGCUGAGGUGAUAUGUGUAGAAGAGGGUUUUGGUGAGAAGAGUGGAUGGGAUGUAGUUGUUUGUAUUAACGAUGAUGAGGUGAUAUCUACCGAAGGGUGUUUUGGUGAGAAGAGUGGAUGGGAUGUAGAUGUUUGUGGUGAUGAUGAUGAGGCGAUAUUUAUAGAAGAGCGUUUUGUGGGAAGAGUGGAUGAUAUGGAGUUGUUAAGCUAA